UUUUGGUGUUUUGAUUGAAUUUACACAAGCAAGCUUUAUUGAAUUUCAAAAUAUCAAACACAGUAAUAAGCUUGAAAUUAUUAUUUUCUUUAUAGUAAUUCUCAGAUUUUUGUAAAAAUUAUGUUUUUCGGCCAAAACACCGACUUUUUAUGUGUCCCAGCCUUGAUUCAGUUGCAAUGAAAUGAACAUUUCCAUUUAAAUAAAGGAGAUUAAAGUAAUUUGUUGUAUUAAUAAAUAUAUUAAAGCAUUAAGAUCUGUUUUCAGAAGGUUAGUUUUAAAUAAAUAUUAGACAUUUUCCAAUAAUACACGUUUUUCUACUUGUCCCUAAUGUUCAUCACGAGUGUUACCUCACGAGUGUUACUUGGUUUACAGAGGGAAAAAAGGGAAUUUUAGGUCUGUCAAGUUGGUGAAAGCUAGCCAUCUUGGAUUCUAGUUGAGUGCUGGGCGAAAGUUUUGUUUGUAUUUGAAGAGAAGAGAAAACCAUUUGCAAUCGUGAUUUAUCAUGGUAAGUAUUUUAAUUCAAUGUCAUGAGUGUUACCACUCAUUUAUAUGAUAUAUGUCAACUUAUUUUAAGUUUGUUUUUGUAGUUAGCUAGUUUUCAGGGUACUACUCCACAAGACAUAACCUUACUUCUCUAUAUGGAGCCCAUUUUUAAUCACAGUUAAAACAAGUUAUUUUGUCACGAGUGUUACCUGUCAUGAGUGUUACUUUUAAAAAGUAACACUCGUGACUGAAAAGUAACACUCAUGACAUCUUAAGCGAAUUCAAGUUAUAAUAGUAGGACAUAAUUGACAUAUAUAUAGAUACAAUGAUUAGAUAAUGGCAAUAAUAAUUGUAUUAUGAUAUUAGGUUAUUAGAAAUAUUAGGUUAUCAGGUUAGGAUAUUAUGGUAUUAGGCUAAGCAGGCCAUUAUAAUUCUUCCUAUGUUAUUGUUUGGUUACAAGUUAUUAAUAAAAUAAAUGUGUCAGAGGCAUUUGGCAAUACUAAUAACAACAUGAACCUAGCACAAAGUUUUAAAAUGCACAGAAACAGCUUCUGUAUGAUUGCCUUUAAUUAUGUUUAUUACUCAAACUCCUAUUAUUUUCAGGGAAAGGUGUUAGUUUCUGGAAAGAAACUUACAGCAGCUGAAAAGCAGCGAAGAUACCGGGAAAAAAGAAAGCUUGAUCUUAGUCGAGAAGAAGAAUACCAAGAAAAACACAAAGCAAGGAAUGCAAAGAGGAAGAAAGUACAUGAACUGACCGAAAGAGAGCAUAGAAGAGAGAAAAAGAAGUGGAGACAGAGGCAAAAUGCAAGUAGAAAAAAGAAAAAAAUUGAUAAUGCAAACCGAGAACUAACGCCUCCUUCUACACCAGAGCCAUCGCCAUCAAAUUCCAAUGGUAAUAAAGUGAGAGGACGCAAAGUUAUACUACGUCACAGAUCAAAGUGUGUCAGGGAAAAUAAAAGACUCCAAGCACAUGUGAAAAUAUUGGAAGAAAAAAUCAGAAAUGAACAGAGAAAGGCUGAAAAAUACAAAAAAAGAUUACAAAGACAGAAUGCCAAACAAAAUAAUAAAUUGAAUAUGAUGCCAGACAGUGACCUGACUCCUAAUUCAAAAACAAGAAAGAUGUUGACAGACCUAGAUAAUGAUUUAAGUGAGUCAAAUAUUCGGAGAAGAAAGUCUCUCCUUAUGAAUUCAAGUGUGGCAAGAACAUUGACAUUUCACAAUGCAAUGACAAGUUCUAUAAAAGAAAACUACAUGGGAGCAAAAUCUAAGAUAGUUAAACGCCACAUAAGCUCGGCACUUUCUUCCAAACUGAUACUGCGAUACCGUUUUCAAACUAUGAUUGGUAGAACAUUGGGUCUCUCAUGUUGCCAACGCUUGCUUCAAAAGCGUCAGUUAAAAGAUAACAAAAGGCGCUUUUUAAUAGAAAGCUUUUUCUUGAGUGAAGACGUGAGCCGCACCACAGCUGGUAUCAAAGAAACAGUGACAAGAAAGAAAAUCAAAAAGCAAAAACGCUAUCUCCUCUCAGACAUGAAGACUCUAUUCAAAAAAUUUAUCAAGUUACAUGGUCGUGGAAUAUCGUACACAACUUUCACCCGAUUCAGACCGUUUUAUGUAUUGAAACCAACUGAAGUGACUAGAAAUACUUGCUUAUGUAAACAACAUACAAACAUAGAACUAAAAGCAGCAAAGCUACGACAGAUGAAUUUAAUUGAUGAAAAAGACCCACAUAAACUGUACCCACUUACAGUAUGUGACAAAAGCAACUGUCAAUGCAUGUAUAACAUGUGUCAGAUAUGCAAGACAUUGACUGUUCCUUUGAAAGACUUUGAGGGGAACAAUGAAGUGAAGUGGGAGAAAUGGGUAACUGCAAAAGAAAUAAGACAAAAAAAGAAAAACGGUGAAGUUGUUUCUGUCCCCGUGCAGAUCACAUCCAAAGUGACAGUUGAUGGUACACUUAGUCAAUUAACAAAAGAGUUCCAUGAAGAAAUAACUCUCUUGAAGAAACAUGCCUUCAAUAUUAAAAUACAAAAUAAGGGCUAUGAUGACGUGAAAACUAACUUAAAGAGGAACGAGGCCAUUCUACACGCCGACUUUUCUGAGAACUAUUCAUGCAAACUUGCUUCAGAAGUGCAGAGUUUCCAUUUUGGUGGAAGUAGGAAUCAGGUGACUCUCCAUACCGGCAUUAUGUAUACGUCAACUGAAAAACCACUUCCAUUUGCUACAGUAUCUCCUAAUAAAGAGCAUGGACCCGCCGCUAUUUGGGCGCACUUGAAGCCAGUUCUGGAAUACUUGAAAAUUGAACACCCAGAUGUGAGUACAGUACACUUUUUUUCUGACGGACCUUCCAGCCAGUAUAAGCAAAAACAGAACUUCUAUUUGUUUACAACACAAGUAUAUGAAUUAGGAUUUCAAAAUGCAACUUGGUCUUUUUUUGAAUCUUCCCAUGGUAAAGGGGCACCAGAUGGUGUUGGCGGUGCUCUAAAACGAAUGGCGAACCAUUAUGUUGCUCAUGGCUGUGACAUUACUGAUGCAACAGUGUUCUUCAACUUAAUGAAAGAAAAAAGCAAGAUAAAGCUUUUCUAUGUAACAGAUAAUGACAUUGAACAGUCUUUCGAAAACUUACCCAGUAUACCCCUAAAAACGAUUGCUGGUACAAGGGGUAUUCACCAAGUCAUUACAUAUAAGAAGAAUGAAAUGAUUUUCAGGCCGCUAUCUUGUUUUUGUGAUGCAAAUAAAUGGGAAGAAGGACUUACUUGCAAGUGCUAUUUUCCAGCUGAGUCAGUAUCAUUUACUGAGAAACAGAAAAAAUGCAAGCAGCGGAAAAAGAGCCGUUACGAAGCAAUCUACUCUUCAUCAGAGUCUGAUUCGGAAGCAGAAAUCAGCCUGGUUGAAUCGGAUGAUGACAUAUUGACAAUGGAGGAUUUUGCCAACCACAUGCAAAGAGAGUCUGUGGAUCAAGAAGUACUACUAGAGGCUCCAACAGAAGCGAAUAUUUCCGAGGGAACAUUCAUUAUUGUGGAGCUAUUAGGUGGUUUGAGGAAAAAAACAAAACUUAAAUUUGCUGGUCUAGUUACUAGAAAAUGCAACCGAGAAGACGAUGGUGACUACAUUGUGACAUUUUUGGUGAAACAGGGAACUGAUGAUUGUUAUUUACUGAAUGAAAAAGAUGUUUCUGCAAUUGAUUUCGCUCAAGUCAAUGCUGUUCUUCCACAGCCUGAAAUAGUUAUGAGAGGUUCAGAACGCUUUGCAUAUAAAUUCCCCUGCUGCCUGGAAAACUAUUUCUAAUUAGUCGUUUUUCACAAGCAAAAAAUAAUACAACAUUUAACAUUAGUUAUUGACAUUUAGUUUACACUCUGAAACUUUGUAAUAAUUUAAUUUGGUCAAAAUUACAUAACGUUUUUAAAAUUAAUAAUUUGUGUUAUUUUUUCUGAACUUUUAAAACUUACAAGUUCUAGACAAGAACGCACAUGUCAUGAGUGUUACUAUCUGUCACGAGUGUUACUAAUUGUCAUGAGUGUUACUUUAGUCAAAAUAUAAAAAAACUAAU